CUCCCUAGACUUGGGCAGGGCUUACCUAUAAAAGCCUACGAGCUGCCCCUCAAAGAUGUAGUACUUUACAGUGUAUCACACAAGAAAGAUCACCAUGAAAUUCAUCAUCGCUCUUGUCGCCGUUGUGUUGGCCGCCGCCGCCGAAGCUUCUCCGGUAAAUCCGUGGCAAGGCGGAUGGCAGGAUCCAUGGCAAAAUAGCGGAUGGCAAAAUAGUGGAUGGCAAAAUAGUGGAUGGCAAGAUCCAUGGAAAAGUAGUGGUUGGCAAAAUCAGGGAUGGCAACCAAAGGGCCACCAUGAACAUUAUGUUCACGCCAUCCAUGUCAACCAACCACCAGCAAUCCCAGCUCUUCACCCCGAACCCCUUCACUUGAAGGGACAUGAUCACCCCAACCACAUCCACUACUCGGCUCCUCAUGUUCAUCAUCCCCAUCUUGUUGGAUACGAAGUUCACUCUCAUCAUGAAGAGCCCGAAAUCAAACACGUCAAGCACGGAUGGUAAGAAAUUGUGUUCUGAGGCGUCAUCUUAUCAAUUGGUCCCCGGUGGUAAAUGUCGUUCAGAUUUCAUCGUCAAUUGGAUAAAAUAGAACGAUUGAAUCGAGUUCCCCCAAUUAAAAAAAGGGAGUGUAUAAACAAUUGGAUACCUGGAACGACAGUGCACGUUAGAACUCGAUUCAUGACGUUUUUUAUUUUUUUGGCUAAUAAUAUAGUCAAUCUGCGAAUUAUAUAUAUUUGGACACAAAUUUAUUCAAGGACGCAACAAAAAUCAUUGGCUAAAAAAAGGCGUCAAAGACCACCACCAUCACCACCCGGACCACUGACCAGGCAUCCGAAAUAAAAAAUCAUAUUUUUUUUUUUGAAAAAAUCUAUCUUAUCGUAUUACCACGUCACAUACCCAAACAACACUCCCUCCCAAAAAAAUUUCCCGCCCUCCCCCCUCAAAGUCUAUCAAAACACAGUGUAUCUUUCUGUGCGGCAUGUGAUACUGAAGAAGACAUCAUAACAUCUGAGCCACUGUAUAUUAUUUUUUUUUUGUUCUUCUGCGCAAACGUUCCACUCCCAAGUCCCUCUCGAACCAUACUUUUAUUUAUUUUCUAAUAAAAGUUAUUAGUCUUGUGAUAAAGAAAA